CACGAUACCCUGCAAAAUCUUAACGUGACACUGCACACAGAGAUGUUCCGGCACAAUUUAUAAUCUUUACGUCUGCACAACGAACGAGUCUCUUCAUGUCAUACCAAGCUGUAUGUUGCGUUUUUUAAAAAAAUCAACGGAUUCUGGAAUAUGGCGUAAAGCAAUCUUUAUCAAUAACCAUUUAAUCCGAGGAAAAAUAUCAACGGGUUGAAAUUCUAAACUAUCUUAAGUAAAACCYCAGAUGCACGAAGUUAAAUCAAUCCAAGGUGAUAAAACGCAAGUAAAAACAACUUAAGAUUUGGGAAUACAGAUUACGUCAUGCCAUUGCGAAAACGACAAGAAUGGAUUUCCUCGCUUCUUUUUAUUUUUUUGCUGUCCCUUCAUGUCGGAUCCAGCACCGAUUACUUCAAAAUUUUCCGUCGUCGUUCUGUGCUGCCAGGCAGCCAGCAAGACUCGUUCCAGACUUCACAGUCUUUGUGUGGGACAGCAAGCAAUUACCAUUGUCAUGACUACGGAGCUCAGCAGACCACGUGUACCUCCUGUACUUGCCCAAGUUCUAGUGAAACAUUGAGGUACACGCAUGCUCAAUGGAAAUGCAUUGGGAAAAGUGAACUUCGUAAGGAAACCGGCUGUUCAGUWAAAGUCAAAGGCGAGCUGCAGUUCCAGCCUCUUCUUCUCGUUCAGACCGGAAGUAAAUAUUACAUCGACCUACCGAUGGAUCAAAACUGUUCGUACAUCUACWCACAAGACACUUAUUAUCGAACAUGCAAUGGGAAAUGGUCAAUGGCUGGUGGUAUUGGAAGUGGAUCCAGAUAUGUCCUUCAAGUCAUCAAGCAACGGAACAGAUAUCGAUAUUGGUUGGAUAUCCAGACUGACGACCAAACAGUCAAUGUCUUACAAGGAAGAAUCAUAAAACUGAACAUUACGUGCAGYAAAAUCGGUAGUUCAGUUCCUUUGAGCACGUGUUUUUUGUUCAAAGAACCUUACUUCAGCAAACCGAUUUCAUGUCCCAUUUACCAAGCUCUUGUGACAACUACAGCCACAUCCACGCCUUCGUUGAUUCCAACCUCAAAGCAUGAGGUGAUCCCAAAUUCCACGGAUGUUAAUCAAACUGUUCAAAGCACGGAGAGUACUGCUACUAGUACAUUAUCCCCGACACCAACAUUUCAAGUACUACAGACGUCAUCUGUUUCUAAUAUCACUCAUCAUCAUCAUCAAUCAGAUAAAGAGGCUCAAUCGCGGGUGGAUAAAAAGAUCAUCAUCAGUGUGUCAGCGGUAGCAGGUGCCUUACUGGUUGUUAUAGUAACAGUCAUUUGUAUUGUUAUUUGCUGCAAACGACGUAAAAGAAAGAGUGCUGCCAAGUAUACCGCUGCACCUCUCAGGAUCAAUGUUCUGCAGGAGUUUACGAUGAAACUAACAUCAAUAUUCCAUCCGCUCUGAAGUCUGCAAGUCUGAUGAGCCACAGUAAUCCAGCAUAUGAAAGAGGACAAGACUUAUCGAUCUCGGUUAAGUCUUCCCGCCAUGCCUCCAGUCAAUCUAGACUCCAGUUCGAUGAUCCAGAAUUGUUCGAUGGAC